AUGACAUCUCUGAAGUUUGCUUCAUAUCUGACUUGUCUUUGCUUGUGGAGAUUAGCUAAAUUGACCACGUCUCUACAUCAAGAGAGUGAGUUUGUCUCAGCCAAUGUUGGAGACAAUGUGACAUUAAAAUGUUAUUAUGAUGGUGAAAAGAUUUCAGCAAUGUUCUACUGGUACAAGCAAACUCUGGGACAGAAGCCAAGGCUAAUGUCCACCUUCUUUAAACAUGGUACAACUGGCACUUUUGCUGAUGAAUUCAAGGACAAUUCACGCUUCACACUGGAUACUAAAAAGGGUAACAAUCACUUGACAAUCUCAGAUUUGCGCAUUUCAGACUCAGCUACUUAUUACUGCAUAAGUUGCUACGCAUACACAUUUGAGUUUGCAGAGGGCACUACUGUCAGUGUAAAGGGUUCAGGUUUGACCGUCCCAGCUUCAGUCCAUCAGUCAGCAUCUGAGCCCAUCCAGCCAGGAGGCUCUGUGACUCUGAACUGUACAGUACACACUGGGACCUGUGAUGGAGAACACAGUGUUUACUGGUUCAAAAACUCUGAAGAAUCUCAUCCAGGACUCAUUUACACCCAUGGAGGCAGGAACGAUCAAUGUAAGACAAAACCCGACACACACACCUGUGUCUACAACUUGCCACUGGAGAGCCUGAAUCUUUCUCAUACUGAGACCUACUACUGUGCUGUUGCUGCAUGCGGACACAUACUGUUUGGAAACGGGACCAAGCUGGCUGAUGAGGUGAACUUUCCCAUCUCUCCUGUGUAUUUCUUGAGUGGAGCUUUGGUAUUCAACACCAUCCUGGUGGUUCUACUGGCUUUCUCGGUGUACAAGAUGAACAAGAGAAACAUCUGCCAAUGUACAGAGUCUCAAAUUGUUCCAUCGCCCACCACAACAAAUGCACAGGGUUACCAAGAUGCAGACAACCUCCAUUAUGCUGCUGUAAGGCAUCACAGGGCCAACAGAUCAAGAAAAGACAGACGAAAAGAGAACGACAACCCCAUGAGUCAAUGUGUGUACUCCAGUGUAAGGCAGUAGUGCUGACAAGUUUUAUUUGUACUUUAUUUUUUUGGUAAGAUGUUUUUUCCACAGCUGUUAAUAUCUUGAGAAGUGAUGUACAUUUUCAUAAUAUAGGAAGAGCUUUGUCAACAUUAUAAACAUAUACAUACAUAAUGAAUGUAAAGCCUUGGGUUACAGUACGCUACUUCAAGAAGCUCAUGCAAUGACAGUUCAGCUGUCCAAUGUUUUUUUUUAUUUGCUGGCAAAGAUAACAUAUUUCCACUAUCACUAUGCCUGUUGUAUCAGCCUAAGGAUGACAAAGCCUCUUAUUAAAAUAUCAUGGUACAUUGUGUUACUAUGUUUAACUUUU